CAACGCUCUGCAUAGGAGCUGUCCAGUGUCUCGGUGCUGAAACUUGUCCAGUCGGCUUUUGGCUAAGAGGGGUGAUAAAAUUAUAGAAUAGGGCUUCACAACCCAGCAACGCGUCAUUCAGAUGCGUCAGUAUAUGGACAAAGGGCUGCAGAUAAACAGAGGAAGGGACGUGGUGACAACGACGGGGGAAAGAGAGACUGAUUAAGACGUGGAGAAGUUGCUCAUUAUGCCCUGGUCUCUGGACUCGGUGCUGCUUCCCCCAUGUGCGUUGCUGGGUGGUCCUCCCCUCAGCGGGCUGCUCUGGACCUUUCUCCUCCUCUUCCUCUGGUACUGCUACCGAGUGGGUUCUGACCCACCAUCCCAUUCUGGCAUGCUGAAAAGUGGCUCCGGCCGAUCAUCAUUCUCUCGGUCAUCCAGCUGUUCACCGGUUGACCCCAGACACUCAGUGCCUAAAGCAUCUGCGGCUAUUACCAUGGAGAUGGUGGAGGAAGAGGAGGGCACAGAGAGCUACCUGACACCAGUGUUGAGCCACGCCCCUUUCCCCACCGAGGCUGCAGCGGAAAGCAAGAAGCUGUAUAGAGCACUACAAGAGUAUGCCAAGCGCUACAGUUGGGCUGGCAUGGGGCGAAUUCACAAGGGCCUGCGCAAUCAGGCCAGGAUCAAUGAUCGGCCAUCCAUUCAGAAGCCUCAUCUCUUCUACCUCCCAGAUGUUCCCAGCAUACCUUUCUUUCCCAGGGAUGCUCAUCGUCAUGACAUUGAGGUUCUGGAGGCCAGUUAUCCCAUAAUCCUUGCUGAGUUCCAAGCAAUGUACCAGAGGGGGAUUGAUACAAAGCUAGGGUGGAGCUACCAAGGACCAAAGGGCCAGACUGUGUUCCCGCUCUAUAACGCUGGAGUGUGUGUGGCCAGAAACUGCCGUGCGUGUCCGUGUACGUACCGAACUCUCCUCUCUCUCAGAACCUUCAUCAGCAGUAACUCUCUGGGAUCUGCUGGCUUCUGUCUCCUGGGUCCUGGGGCCACACUGGGAGGGGCCUAUGGCCCUACAAACACACGUCUGCGCUGCCAUCUGGGUCUGCAAACUCCUGCUCAGUGUGAGCUGGUGGUGGGUGGGGAGCCUCAGUGUUGGUCAGAGGGACACUGCCUCCUUGUGGAUGACUCCUUCCUGCAUACCAUCUCGCACAAUGGGGGAGCUGAAGAUGGUCCCAGAGUUAUCUUCAGUGUGGACCUGUGGCAUCCUAACGUUGCUGCAGCAGAGAGACAGGCUCUAGACUACAUCUUUGCCCCUGAACAGUAAUUCCAGCUGCAUUUCCCAGGACGCACUAGUCAAACCCACUUCAUGUGGGUUCAAUGCAGAAAAUGUUGUUUUAAAGUUUGCAAAACAUCUUUUGGUUUAGUUAAAGUUCAUAGUGAGGAUAUUUAUCAUUUAACUACUAGAUACUUUCAUGUCUGACUCUGUUCAGCCGAGACCUUUGAAAUGUUUCAGACAAAUGACUUCAGUCAGAACUGCAGAUUAUCAUACAGAUCAGACGACAGAUCAUACUGUGACGACACGCGAACAAUUUUCGAAGUUCAUAUCUAUGUUUGACUUGUGCCUGUCUUGAGAAUCCCGCGCUCCUGUUCUAUGGUUUUUGUGCCUGAUUUCUCCUCCUUACCUCUCUGAUGUAUACUGUGAUACAUGGUUCACCGUAAAUACUGUAGAUGUGACUCACGGUUAUGCUGUAUAUUUUGUUUUAUUUAAUCAGAUGGCAAUUUAAUUUCAGACCUGUGAAGCACACACCGAAGACAAAAUACUGUAUAUGAACAGAUUACUUGCAUGUGUUCUGAUUUUCGAUAUUGUUGCCAACAAUGCACUUGAUGACUGUCCUGCAAAUCAAGUAUGUAUUCAGCGGAGUUCAAUUCAAAAAUAAAAGAUUUUGUCAAAUUUAA